CGGCCUAAAUUCGUUUUCGUUUGUGUAUUUUUUCCUCCUUUUUCAAGAACAGAAAUUGCUAUAUUUGCAAAUUGCCAACAAAAAGAAACAAGUAACAACGAAAAGAAAAGCAAAUCUUUCCUCAAUUCAAUUUGCGUGGUGACUGUUCCGAAAUACAAAUCGUGCAAAUCUACUCUCCACUGUCUCUGUCUCCUCGGAUCGGAUAAUAGUGAAUUGUUAAGUAGUUGAAUACAAAAACAUAAGCAACAAUCUGUCUGUGUGAAAACAAGCCCAUUAGAACAAUGGAAUCAAUUAACUCUAAUUCACUGAUGGCAAUCGAGCGAAAUUCUCGAGAAUCAUACCUCGAGGCUGUUCGCAUUCUUCUCAUUCUAUUGGACAACGUGAUUCGUGAACCAAAUAAUCCCAAGUAUCGUGCAAUACGUCUGGAAAAUCGCACAAUUCGCGAGAAAUUGCUAUCGCUUGCUGGUGUGACGGAUCUGUUGCGGGAAAUAGGCUUCAUUCGAACACAGAGUGAAUACGUCUUGCCAGAAACUACAGUCCUAGAAAAUAUCAAACAAUAUCGGGAGGUGAUCAAACGUCGUGUGGAUAAUUUUGUAGAGAAGCCGAUACCUUCCACAAGUUCAGCUAUGAUGACGCGCCCAAAUGAACAAAGCAAGGUUGUAGCUAGUGCUGCACCUUCAACAACAUCGGACUCGCAAAGGACGUUUAUAGUCCCAUCGGUGCCAUAUAGGCAAAGGACAACAUUCCCAACAGUUGUGCACAUACCAAAUAAAUUCCUAACUUUGUUGGAAAAUUGUUCCGAUUCAGUUCUGCAAUUUGAAGAUGAAAAACUUUUAGCAGCUGGACGUGAAAUUAUUCCCAUUGAAGACCUAACACAAAAGGCUUCUUCAAAAUUGAUUGCCAUUCAAGAGGACCUCAAAUCAGGAGCAUGUGUCGACAAAGAACCUUGCAUCCGUGACCUCUUGCUGGUUGAGUUGGUCAAUUGGUUUAAUACAGAAUUAUUCGAGUGGGUUAAUAAUCUGCCAUGCAAGGUUUGUGGUAGUGAGGAGAUGAAACUACGGCGGACACAAAUCGAGGACGGUGUUCGAGUUGAAGUUGGAAUUUGCUGUGGUCAGGAGACUAAAUUUUAUAGAUACAACGAUAUAUCCCAUUUGUUGGCGACACGACGGGGCCGAUGUGGGGAGUAUGCAACAUGCUUUACAUUUAUAUGCCGGUGUUUGGACUAUGACGCCAGAUUGGUGUAUUCAUUCUUUGAUCAUGUCUGGACUGAGGUCUAUUCAGAGGGUCAACUUCGAUGGUUGCAUGUUGAUCCAUCGGAAAAUGUUGUCGACUCUCCUCUAAUGUAUCAACAUGGUUGGAAACGGGAUAUAGAUUAUGUCAUUGCUUACUCAAGGGACGACAUUCAGGAUGUUACCUGGAGAUAUACUAAUAAUCACAAAGAUGUGAUGAAACUAAGGAAACGCUGUACGGAAAAGGACCUUAUCAAUACAUUGGUAACAUUAAGACACAAGCGUCAAGCCAAAAUACCUGAAGAACGAAAAAAAUAUCUCAGUCAAAGAGAUAUGCUGGAGUUAAUACAAAUGACAGUUCAAAGACCUCCAACAGAUGCUGAAUUAAAAGGUAGAAGCUCUGGUAGCUUAGCUUGGAGGCAGUCUCGAGGGGAAACAACAUUUAACAAUAUAUUUGUAUUUGAACCAAACGAAACCGAAAUACGAGAGAAACAGCUUAAUGUGAGAUAUUCCUGCGUCACCGAUACUUACGAAAGGUACAUCAAAGAUAGAUCAAAUGUAACAGUUAUCGAUACAUACAAAACAUGGCAAAGUGCUCAAUUCUCCUCGAAGAACAUUUUAAGAAAAGUCGAAAGAGACUGGAAAAUGGUCUAUUUAGCUAGACAAGAAGGUAGUGAAACAGCUGAAGUAGUCUGGAAGUUUGACUUUUCCAAAACCAAUUUAAAAGUCAAAGACUUUACAUUGCAUUUGGAUAAGAAAACUUUUGGUGAUGGUGCUAUUGAUGUGCUAGUUCGAAAUGCCGAGGGCAGCAAAGAAGUGAUUGGUUCGAAAGAUCUUGUGAUAACAGCUGUAUUGUCGGGUGGAAAAGGAGAUGUUGCUUGGCAACAUACUCAACUAUUUCGCCAGAGUCUAAGUUCCAAAGAAUAUCCAUUUGAUUUGAAUGUAGAGCUUUGCUCAUAAAAUAUCUUCAUUUUUAUUUUUCCUUUUUUUUUCAUUUUAAUAAGAGAGAGAAUGCAUGGAUGGUGAAUAAUUAUUGUAUUAUAUGAAGUAACUUCUUUUUAUUUUUUUUAUUUUAAAGAUAAGUAAAUGAGAAUUAUAUAUAUAUUUUUGUAUGUGUAUUACCCGCGCUGAAAUGGUUAUAAAUAUUAUGCAUACGAAAAACACACGAGUAAUAAAGUAACACAGAAAGACUUAGAAAGAAUUCGAGAAAUAAAGUUCCAUUGACUUUGAUAGCCAAAAGAAAACAAAAACAUGAA